AACACGUCACACCUCUUCCACAAAUUCGUGCCCCUCUUUCUUCCUUAACCUUUCCCUUUCGCCCUUCUAUAUAUAUAAUUCCAAAGCUCCACCAAUCCCAUAAUACUCUCCUCAUUCACUUCAUCACCAGUUUGAAUUAGUUAGUAAUUGGUUAACCAUGGCUGACUACUAUGGCCAUCAGCAUACUCAUCAUCUUCAUCAUGAGCAGCCUGCACCUAGGUCUUACCAGGUGGUGAAGGCUGCUACCGCCGUCACCGCCGGCGGAUCUCUUCUGGUUCUCUCCGGCUUGACUUUGGCCGGUACUAUCAUUGCACUGACUGUAGCCACUCCCUUGCUGCUGAUUUUCAGUCCAGUGCUUGUUCCUGCCACCAUUACCCUCUUCUUCUUGAUGUUUGGUUUCUUGGCUUCCGGAGGUUUUGGUGUCGCGGCAAUAAGCGUUCUGUCUUGGAUCUACAGGUACGUGACAGGAAGGCACCCACCUGGUGCGGUGCAGUUGGAGUAUGCAAGGGACAAACUGGCUACAAAGGCUCGGGAGAUGAAAGAAAGAGCGGAGCAGUUUGGACAACAGCAGAUCUCCGGCACCCAAUAGGGUUAAGAGCCUUGGUUCAUCAAUUUGCACUUUGUAUUCUGUUUUUGCUCAUUUCAAAAUGGAGUUUGUCAGUUUGGGCUUUGGGGAGUGCUGCAUUUAGUUAGCUAGCGACGUUCAUUUGAAUGUCCACGUCUUUCUUUCGUUAUCUUCAAGCCCCCUUUUUGGGGUUUCUUGUUGAGUUUUGGGUUCCAUACUUAUAGGGACUCUAGUUUUUACUUUAUUCUAGUAAUCUCUAGUUAAUGUUUUGCGAUCAAAUUGAAAUAAGUAGAGCUAAUGAUGCUUUUCAUAUAA